UUGCAUGCUGGAGGGAAAGGAAGUGAUCCAGUCUCACAACUUUCUUUGUUUUUAUCUUUUAAUAGCAUGCAGGUCAUUUGAGGUUAACAGGAAGGGUUUGGGAGAUCUUUGAGUGGUCCAAAUCAUGAGUGCCAUGGCCAAAUUCAAAAGAACUGGUGUGGACAGAGCUGGUAAUCCUUCGAGGAGGGGGAGAAGACCCAAAUCGAAGCCCACGCCUGAGGUCUCCGAUGUGGACGGGCAACUCUCAGCAGUAGAGGAUCAAAUAGGGUCUGACCUUCAUUUCCUUUCUGCAAAGUCAGCACAAAAACCGACCUCCUCUCACAUCAGUACUUCAGGCAGCGAGGGAUCUGUACAAGCAACACAGCAGCCUCAGAAGAGCUUGGGUUCAAACAUGACUGCCUGCCACGCAGCAAAGACCCUUCAGGCUUCGCCUGCGGCAGCUUGCGAGGCCUCAGCGACGGAUAAGAGCGCCCCAGAAAGGCCGGAGGAUGUGCGGGGGGGGCCCAAGCCUGUGCAGCCCCGCUUGGCCUGGAAGACCAUGGUUAGAGCUGCCCCUCCUCCAGAUGCACUCAAGAUCCUGAUUGCUGAACAGCGAGCUUCGACUAGAGAUGUUGAGGAGCUGGAGAGAUUCUCGCCGCCCCUGCAGUUAAAGCUACCUCAGAGUCUCAAAGGCCCGGCAAAGCCCCAAGCAGUGGUGAGAAGGAAGAAGAGGAAAAUGGGUUUGUACAACUUUGUUCCCAAGAAAAAAACCAAAGUGUCAACAAGGCAGACUCUCACGUUACCAUCCUCCAAUAGCAAGAAGGAACCUUCAUAUGGGGCCCAGGUGGUCCAGCUGCAGCUUGAGCAGGCGUUCAAACCCAGACCCAAAUCCGCCAGCCAGGAGAGGCUGUCUGGCCGAGCGCCCGGGGGCGGUGCAGCCGAAAUGCAGAACUCGAACGACACGCUGAAAGCCCCAGAGAACUUCUGUGAAGAAUACACGGAGCUGCCUCUGCAUUCUCUGGCUCCAGACAGCAUGCUCACAGCCAUUCACACAGGCCUGCCUGAGGAUAAGGAGAACGUGGAGGCCGACGACCUGCUGGAGCCGCCCCUCUGCAGCUGCCGCAUGGAGGCGCCCAGGAACCAGGACGUGGUGACGCUUGCCGAGGGCAAGUGCAUGGCUGUGGAGAGUGUGGAUGGGAAGCUGAGUUUGUGUCGGAGGGCAAUCCAGAAGCAGGAGAUGAUGAGGCCCUCCCUGCGCAUCCCCCUCCUGGUGCUGUGUGAGGACCACCGGGCAGGCAUGGUGAAGCACCAGAGCUGUCCAGGCUGUGGCUUCUUCUGCCGGGCGGGCACCUUCAUGGAGUGCCAGCCGGACGGGCACAUCUCGCACCGCUUCCACCGAGGCUGUGCCUCGCUGAUCCAUGGCCAGCUCUUCUGCCCGCACUGCGGCGAGGAGGCCAGCCAGGCCAAAGAGGUCGCCGUCCCCAGGCCUGACCCCGGCGCAACGCCCCCUGUUGCCGUGGACGCCUUGCCCAGGGACAGGAGAGACCCAGCACCCACGCAAUGUCCUACUGUAAAUGCCACACCUCUGCUUAGUCCCACGCAACCCACCGUAGAGUCCCUGGAGACGGUUCUGGAAGCCCUGGAGGAUGGGAAGUACAAGAGGUCAAAGUUCCCACCGAAACAACUCUUCUACUCUGCCAGGAGAGGCGAGCUCCAGCACGUGACGCACAUGCUGGUGGAAGGGGCGGACCCAAACCUGCAGAUGGAGAGCGAGCGCAGACGCACUCCGCUCCACGCUGCCGCUGCCGCGGGUCACCGGGAUGUCUGCCACAUCCUCGUGCAGGCUGGUGCCAACCUGGACAUGGCCGAUGAGCAGCAGCGGACGCCCAUGAUGGAGGCUUGUGAGAACAACCGUGGGGAGACAGUGGAGUACCUGCUAAAGGCUGGGGCCUCCAUAGCCCACAGGGACACGAGAGGCUCGACGUGUCUCCACGUGGUCGCUCGAGGAGGCCACACUGGCAUCAUGCGCCAUCUGCUCUCCACCACCGCUGUGGAUGUCAACACUAAGGAUGAUGGAGGGUGGACUCCAAUCACCUGGGCCACAGAAAAUAUGCACAAAGAGCUGGUCAAGCUACUGAUUACCAAAGGAGCCGACAUCCAUAUGAGGGACAAAGAGGAGAAUAUCUGCCUGCACUGGGCAGCUUUUGCAGGCAGCGAUGCCAUCGCUCAGCUGCUGCUGGAGAACAGGUCGGACCUGCAUGCCGUGAACAUCCAUGGUGACUCGCCUCUUCACGUGGCUGUCAGGCAGAACCAUCUAGAUUGUGUCAUGCUCUUCCUGUCCCGAGGAGCGGACGUGAAUCUCAAGAACAGGGAUGGGGAGACUCCUCUGGAUUGCUGCAGCAUCAACUCCAAGGUGUGGGGCAUUCUGAACACCAGCAAGAAGCUCACCGAUGCACGCAGGAGCCGAGAGAACCAGGGAGAGAGGCCCCUCUGCAGGUCUUCAGGACGACUGGCACCUUUCCAUCUAUUGUCUCCUUCCUUAAAAUGCUGUGUAUAUUUUCACUUGAACUGCAUCGUUGUAAGACAGUUGUUAGUGUAUUGCAAUGUCCUUACAGUUUGCACACAGGCCCAGGUGUUUGUGUUUAUUUAUGUAUAUUGUUUUAAUGCAAUGUUGCACAGAGAUUUGUCUCGAGGCUAUGAGGAGGUGCCCAUCACCUGUGUGAACGGCGUUGACCAGGAACCCUGUCCAAAUGACUUCAAAUACGUCCCCGAGAACUGUUUUACCACCCAGGUCAAUGUUGAUGAGAACAUCACACACUUGCAGCACUGCACGUGUAAAGACGACUGCUCCUCCAGCAGCUGUAUCUGUGGCCAGCUGAGCAUGCGCUGCUGGUAUGACAGGGAGGGCCGUUUGCUGCAGGAGUUCAGCAGGGACGACCCACCCUUUCUGUUUGAGUGUAACCAUGCCUGCUCGUGCUGGAGAACGUGCCGGAACCGGGUAGUGCAGAAUCGCACGCGGGUCCGCCUGCAGGUCUUUCGCACUGCCAGAAUGGGCUGGGGACUGAGAGCACUGCAGGACAUUCCUGAAGGAACCUUUGUAUGCGAGUUCGCUGGUGAGAUCAUUUCAGAUGGGGAGGCAAACGUCAGAGAGAAUGAUUCCUACAUGUUCCACCUGGAUAAUAAGGUUGGAGAGGUGUACUGCAUCGAUGGUCAGUCCUACGGCAAUGUCAGCAGGUUUAUGAACCACCUGUGUGAGCCCAAUCUGUUUCCUGUGCGGGUGUUCACCAAGCACCAGGACCUGCGCUUCCCACGGGUGGCUUUUUUCUCCUGCAAACCCAUAUGUGCCGGAGAGGAGCUUGGGUUUGACUAUGGCGAUCAGUAUUGGGAGAUCAAGAGGAAGUACUUCAGCUGUAAGUGUGGCUCUCCAAGGUGUAGACACUCGGGGGCCGUCGCAGAACUCGGCCACCGCGCCGCCUCGGCUCGUGUGGCUGCCGUCCAGUCUUCUGCACAGCCAGGCAACACUGAGCACAAUCACUCAGCCAGUGUUGCCAUAGCAGGGAUCCAGCCAUGAUGCUUGGAUGGCUAGCAUAGCUGCCAUGGCCUGCCACGUGAACUAUUUUAUAUGUGCUACUAGAGCUCAGUACUGCGCUUUCAUGUCUUUUUUUUUUUUAACUUUACCUUUCAUAAAGACACAUUCUAUUGUUGCACUUCCAAACAGAGAAGAGAACAGAACUUUUUAAUGAUCAUUUUACACCAGAUUAAAUUUAGACUUUUCAAUUUGGAUGAAGUGAUGUCACAGUUGAUUUUUAUUUGGAGGGAAACAGGAAUACUACCACCUAAUGAAAGUAAAGGCAGACGCGCUGGUUUUAGUACGCCAUCUCUCUGCUGCAUUUUUAUCACAGAUGUUUAUGAACUUUGGACAGGUCUGCAGCUGCGUGCCUCCACCUCCCUGAGUUAAGGACAACUGAAUUGUUCAUCCUUUUCCCAUUUUUGUGCCUUUCGAGUAGCAGCAGUUUGGCGGAUCUUUAAAUAUAUUUUUUCAUUCAGUUUUAUUAGGUUCUCAGUAAUGCUGAUUAUGAUGCUCGUAUAAGAAAUAAAGGACUUUUGUACAUAUUUUCUAUUA